AUGUCUGCUAUGGACAUUGAUUCCGAACCCCCCGUGACACCUGCAGCGGAAGCACCAGCAACACCACCGGCCCCAGCAGAGACCCCCAAGCCUCUCACCACCACAAACGGCGUGAAUGGCACACACGCGCUCCCACCGGACCCACCCAAGGUUGAGCUAGACGGCGAGAAUUACAAGCAGGCUGGUAACAAAUUCUUCAAGCAGAAGGAGUAUAUCAAGGCCAUCGAGCAGUACACAAAGGCAAUCGAGUGCGAACCCGAGAAUGCAACCUUCCUGUCAAACAGGGCGGCGGCCUACAUGUCGGCCGGGAAGUUCAAGCAGGCUCUCGACGACUGCACGAUGGCCGACCGCCACCAGCCGGACCAGCCAAAGACUCUUCUGCGAAUGGCAAGAAUCCAGGUCGCGCUGGGUAGGCCGGCUGACGCCCUGGAGACAUACGACAGAAUGAACCCCCCGGCGAGCACAAAGGAUAGGGCUCCUGCGCAACAGAUGCUACAACACCUUACUAGUGCUGAGCAAUCUGUGGCCUCUGGCACGGGCGGCUCCAUGACGUUGUUCGCCCUCGACCGAGCAGAGUCCGGUCUGGGAAUGGGCGUGGAGCCACCAAAGAAGUGGAAGAUGCUUCGUGGGGAGGCAAACUUGAGGAUGAACACACAGAGCUCUCUGUUUGAAGCACAGAACGUGGCUAUGUCGCUGCUUCGCCAGAAUCCCCAGGACCCAGAUGCUCUUGUGCUCAGGGGGCGUAUCCUGUACGCCCAGGGCGAGAACCCGAAGGCGGCUGCACACUUCCAGGAGGCGUUGAGGUGCGACCCUGAUAUGAAAACGGCGAGGAUAUACUUGAAGCGGGCGAGGGAACUGGAGAAGAAGAAGGAGCUCGGUAACGAAGCUUUCAAGAAGAAUGACCUCAAUGCCGCCAAGGAAUUGUACUCAGAGGCUUUGGCAGUGGAUCCAGACAACAAGGGAACCAAUUCCAAGUUGUAUGGGAAUCGCGCCCUCACUCACAGCAAGCUCGGAAUGUGGAAAGAAGCCAUUGCGGAUUGUGAUGACGCAUUGAAGCUUGACCCUACCUACCACAAGGCCCGCCGAACACGUGCCAAAGCAUUUGGUCAGUUGGGUAACUGGGAAGAGGCUGUCCGCGAGCUCAAGAACUUUGCCGAAGCCAACCCGACAGAUAACAACAUUAAGCGGGAGAUCCGCGAAGCAGAGUUGGAACUGAAGAAGAGCAAGAGAAAGGAUUACUACAAGAUUCUGGGUGUUGAUAAGGAUGCGAACGAGGCAGAUAUUAAGAAGGCAUACAGAAAGAUGGCGAUCCUGCACCAUCCUGAUAAGAACCCUGAUAACCCGGAUGCCGCCGAAAAAUUCAAGGAUGUUGGUGAGGCAUACGAAACUCUCUCAGACCCUCAAAAACGGGAGCGAUAUGACUCUGGCAUAGAUCUUCAGGAGGAUGAUAUGUUUGGUGGUGGGGGGGGAGGAAUGGGAGGAAUGAACAUUGAUCCUAAUGUUUUGUUCAACAUGAUGAAUAACAUGGGCGGGGGUGGUGGUGGCUUCUCUUUUGGUGGUCCAGGCGGCGCAGGAGGAUUCCCAGGCGGCGGCAGGCGAAGGGGUGGUCCCCAGGGCUUCCCACCAGGUUUCGGCUUUUAG